GUCAGUGUGGCAAAGAACGUCGGGCCGACCGAUCGGCCGCGCGAGCGCGCUCACAUUUCCGCGAGUUUUCUAAUAGUCAUAUACAGAAAAGGUUUGAGUUAAACACUGGAUUGUAUUUUAUUUAACGACAAUAAUGCGUCCAUUUAAUGUCAGAGUAAAUUCUGCGAAGAAGGUAACAUAUAUCCAACAGAAUCUAUUUUUAAUAGAAUAUAGUGUUGUGUAAUGACGAAACGAUCGCAAUCAAAAUGUUGGCCUCUCAAAAUGACACAUUUGCUGCAAACGGCAGCUACAAUUUCCUGGACGAUCCACGUCUCAUAUUAUUAUUGAAGCACAAAGCCAACUACAGUACAAAUAUUGGUGAAGUCCUAAGAGUAUUGGAAGAUAUGCGCAACAGAUAUAACAUAUCCGUGGUGAAGGAAUGCGAACGUUCAGAAUAUUGCUCCGGAGAAUUCAGUGAUUUGAUUCUCGCUUACAAUAACAUUCAUGGAUAUGUCAGUUUGUUGGUCUGCAUCUUCGGGAGUUUGGCGAAUGCUUUAAACGUGGCAGUGUUGACACGAAGAGAUUUGGCAGUCGCUCCUAUCAACAGGCUGCUCAAGUGGCUGGCGGUCGCUGACGUAUUUGUCAUGAUUGAGUACGUGCCUUUCGCUGUGUAUCAAUACCUGCUGUUUCCAGGGCAAGAGGAGCGUCCGUACUCGUGGGCGGUAUACAUGCUGUUUCACAUGCACUUCACACAGAUCCUGCACACCGCGUCUAUAUUCCUCACGCUAUCUCUGGCCGUCUGGCGGUACAUAGCGAUCAAAUAUCCUUCGCACAGCCCAGCUCUUUGUACUGAUCGAAGAUGCUCUUUGGCGAUAUUACUCAGCUUCGGUCUUCCGCCUGUAUUAUGUAUACCCUCAUAUUUUGUAUUCACGAUACACAAAGACUUCACAUUCGACAAAACAAAUCUACCGUCUAAAGUAUAUUUCGUCGACUCGAAUUUCGACGGAAAUCUGUACCAGAUCAAUUUCUGGGUUCAUGCCGUUCUGAUCAAACUCCUUCCUUGUGUCAUCCUGACUGUGAUAAGUGCGUGGCUGAUUCGCGCACUUUAUCGAGCAAACAGUAGAAAAAAGGCUCUUAAGGGGUACAGCGCUUGCCCUGCCAAUACCGUUGUUAAUGGUAACGGCAAUAUCUUCGCAAAGCGUUCCACAAAGAGGUCGAAAGCAGAAAGAAGGACGGAUCGCACCACUAAGAUGCUGGUCGCGGUUUUGCUCCUGUUCUUAUUAACUGAGUUCCCUCAAGGCAUAUUGGGCCUCUUGAGCGGCGUUCUCGGCAGAUGUUUCUUCAAACGAUGCUACAACCUUUUCGGCGAGUUAAUGGACGCCUUAGCGCUUCUCAACGGUGCGAUAAACUUCGUGCUGUACUGUUCAAUGUCAAGACAAUUCCGCACCACCUUCGGGCAGAUGAUGCGGAACCGGUGCGGCUCCACUCAGAGAGCGAAUUCACAUACCGAACUACAAACGACUUAUGUGUAACGGCGGGGCGGAAGGGCUCAGACCCUGGUUUAGAAUGCAGGAAUUUCGUGCUGUAGAUUACAAGAACUUUGUGCUGUAGAUUACAAGAACUUCGUGCUGUAGAUUACAGGAACUUUGUGCUGUAGAUUACAGUUACUUAGUGUUGUAGAUUACAGGAACUUUGUGCUGUAGAUUACAGGAACUUCGUGCUGUAGAUUACUGGAAAUUUAAUGUUAUAGGUUACAGAAACUCGGAAAAUAUAAGUGAAUUGUGCAAGUGGUUAUAGAGUGUGUGCGUUUGAUUAAAAUAAGAAUUGUCCACGUUAAAAGUUAUUGUACUUUAAAAUCUAUAAAAACAUUUUUCGAUAUAAUUGACAAAUGCUUCACGCCAAGAUUUUUUAUUAAUGUUACUGUAAGCGAAUAAAAAGAUGAGAUAAUGCUUAAUGUGUUAUCAAGAUUUCCUGAUAUUACUUACGAAAUGUACAAAUUAAAAUUAUAAUACAAUCUUCCUUAGUCCUAAGAAUGCUGUUUUUUUCUUUGCUUGGCGAUAUUAAAUAUAUUAAAUAUUGUUAAAUAACUCAUACAAAUGUGAAAAUAAUUGUCUACUCUUUAACAUAGUAAGUAUAUAUUGUAUUUUUUUUAAAUAGCAUCUACUAUUGCGGCAUCGUACUUAGAUAAAGAAACCUUCGCGGUGAUAUUUCCGAUUGUGAACUGUACAUUAACACAUUAUAAGUUUGAAAAUAUUUUGACCAACAUUUUAAAUACACCGCCCUUAAGACCUCUGGACGCUAUUAAAACAUUGCCUACGCUGUUCAUAUAAAUGUAUUAUAUUUAAAACAUUAGGGCUUCAUAGAAUUCAGUCUUAAAGUAUUAAGAAUUUUUCUUACCUAGUGACGAAGUAAUCAUUUAGGGCGUAAAUUAGGAAGAUUUGACGACAAAACGACGGUAUUUUUUUCGUCACUAGUGGCAAAGUGUUAUUUUGGGCGUAGAAUUGAAAGAUUCAAAGGCAAACCGAAGGUAUUUUCCUACUUAUAUGUAGGUCAGCAACGUAUUCCCAAAUUCACUGACACUGUGUACAGACAGUGGUUGUCCUUUGUCAUCAAGAGACAUCCGCUACUAUUCAUAAAUAUUCCUGGUCAUAGAAACUGGGGCAGGUCUUUGAUGAAGUUGUCCGAUAACCAGGUCCAUGUGGCGGGAAGAAGGAUAAGGACUGACUUGGAUAGAAAAAUAUUUCGUACAAGAGGCCUACACUCAACAUUGGGCGGAUAUAUAAUGCUGGUGGUAGGAUAUAUUUUAUAUCCGCCCGGAUAGCGAUCACCGUAUACAUAUAGGUUGAAGAAACAGAUUUAGUUAAGGACACAGCAAUGCUUUGAUUAAAGUCUAUUCUAAGUGCUUCGAUAUGAAAAUUUCAAAGUGCGUAUGCAUAGGAUAGAACGGGGUUCUGCGAUUAGUUACAUUGAUAUGAUGAGGUUAUACUGAUAUACAACUUUAGUUCAUUCAGCCAGCUGUCAUCUAAACAAAGCAAUGUCUAUGAAACCUAAAAAUAACUACUAUGAAAUUGCCAACUCUAUGAGAUUUUGUCCUCGUAGUAAUUUGUGAAUAAUGGGUGUUCAUGAUAAUCAAUAAAUCAUGCUAGGUUCACUAAGUUACAUAUUUAGAAAUCUCAUGUUUUUACAACAUCCAAAAACCAUAACUUUAACAAUAAAACUUUGAAUUAAUUUCAACAAAAUCGAAUGAGUGAAAAACACUCUUAUUCCAAAUAUAUAACUCAUAUUGUUUAUUAUAACCUACGGAGAUCCACGAAGUUCGCUAACUCUACUACAUUUCAUUACUUAGUAACAAUAGAGUUAUAUUAAAUAACUUUUAACAGUGAAAUAAAAAAACGUCUCGUUCCAAAUAUAGCAUUAUAUUGUUUACUGUACACCCACUCAGAGUAUUAAUUCUAAUUUGUAUUAAAGCUAUAAAUAAAUUUCGUGUAUAUUUUAUUAUAUAAAUAAAAUUAGUUUUCGGAUUU